AUGCCAAAACCUCUCUGGAAGUGGCGCUACGAGCAGAAGGAGGAGUUCCUCCAUGCCAUGUACCAAGGCCUCAGUCAUCUGGGGCCUAGGUAUAUCACCAACGAACUUGAGGAAUUUGACCUCCACCCGAUGGACUUCUGGACUGGCGACACGGACCCAUCAUUCAUCCCGUACUUUUUCCCAGACACGGAGACCACCUCCAAAAUCGCCAAUACCAAUAUCAAUCCCGAGGACCGCCUAGACGACCCGUUCACCUGGGCACGGGAGAUGAAGAGCCACGAAGGCCUUGACUCCCACAAGUUGCAUCAUGCCCUCUACGCGGCGUUCUCGAAGUAUCUCCGCAAAUCCCCCGGCGGCAAGCACCAGUCCGCGUGGUGGGAUGCAGUUUCCAUGAAGGAGGGUAAAUCCCUCUUCAACAGCAAUGACCGGCACGGCUUCACUAUUCAAAGUGGAGCACGGUGCGUCGAUGCGAAGUCAUCGCAUCAACUGGUUGUUAUGAAAAGCAACCAGUUGUGCCACGAGACCCUCCCGUCAACUGGAGAGGUCGUCGUCCUGCUGCGGUGGAUGCUUGAUGCUACCAAAAAGCACAAGCGUCUUAUGGGACGCCAUCACCGCCAAGAGCAGAAGCAGUAUGACUUCCCGACCAUGGUCAUCUCCUUCCUCCCGGAUGCCAGAGUCCGCAUCCUGCAUGGGUAUCUCGACAACGACUGCCGGCUCCAACUGGCCUAUACCCAGGCACUAAACUUCGACACGGAGGAUUACGCUGAGAAGAUGGACAUUCUCCUUCAAUGGGCUUGGCCCGAGGUGGAAGGUGACACCACCAAGCCCAUCCCGCUCCCACUCAUCGACGAAGAGGAGGAGGAUGAGUGGAUCAAGAGCGGAAAGACGGAGCUGCCCUGCGCGGAGUACAGCGAUGAGGAGAGUGACAGUGAUCUGCGGAGUGAUCUUGACGACAUAUGGACCAGCAGUGAGGACGAAGAUUCCUCCAGCGACUGGGAGUCGGUCGCAGACGCGGAUGAAGGGGUUACGUGCGACCAAGUCCCCAUCGGGGGUUGCGGGAGGAGGGGAGGGAAGUAG